GAAAAGCUUCUUACCUCCACGUUGAAGCAAAAACCCACCCUUUUGGUGAGGCCGAGAGACCCCCUUCAGGGCUUAAAAGGAGAGAAUUUUGAUCCAGUUUCUUUUUCUUCCUUUUCUUCUUCUUUGUAAAAUCUUUCUCAGGAUCCCUUUCUGUGAUCUUCUGCCUUCUUUGGAAGGAAAAAAAAACAGAAAAAAGACUGCUUUUUGAGCCUUUUCUUUGAUUUCUGAGGCCCAGAAAAGGUGUUCUGCUUUUUGUCUAGAGAAGCAGAGGUUUCAGAACAGAGAUCCAGACCCCCUCUUUUACGCCUGGGCUUAUGAUCUCAUUUUUUUUUUUAAUUCUUUGGCUUUUCUCUUCUUAGAUUUGCCUAGACCAGGAGGGUUUGUUUUUCUAUACCCUCAGAUUGGUUUUCUGUUCUCUUUUUCUUUUUCUUUUUGAUCUCAGUAUGUUUGAUUCAAAGAGGCCAUCUUUUCAGCACAAGCUCCUUCUUUAGGUCCUUCUCUGAAGACCCUCUUGCCUGUUCUUUGGUUUUGUUGGAGAACCAGAAGGGUUUUCCCCUCCUCUCCUUGUUCUACUUUAGUUAAAGCUCUGGUUUUGCUUCGAAGGCAAGGCAUGGCUACAGCUAUAGAUAUAUUUAAUAGUUCAUCGGACCCUCUAAGGGAGGAGCUCUUGCAGGCACUUGAGCCUUUUAUUAGAGGUGCUUCCGUUCCCUUCUCUUCUUAUAUUGCCUCCUCAAAUACCACCACCCCGGAGCCCCUUUCGCCCUCUUCUUUCCCUUCCCCUCCUCCUUUGCCUUGGUCCUACUCGCCCCUGUUCUCAUCCUCUUCUUGGACCUCGACAUUGAGCUCCGACAUGAUCCCCCAAGGCUAUUCCCAGAACUUCAUCCGGCUGAGCCACCUCAGCCCUGCCCAAAUCCAGCAGAUCCAAGCCAAACUGCUGCUCCAGCAGCAGCAGCAGCAGGCCACGGCAGCGUCGACGCAGCAGCAAAGCAGCCUCCUUGGCAUGAGGCCCCAGCUGAUGAAGCGCAGCGGCUCGCCGCGCCCUCCGCCGAAGCCCAGCAAGCUCUACCGCGGGGUUCGGCAGCGCCACUGGGGGAAGUGGGUCGCCGAGAUCCGGCUACCCAGGAACCGGAGCCGCCUCUGGCUUGGGACCUUCGACACCGCGGAGGAGGCCGCGCUGGCCUACGACCGCGCCGCCUACAAGCUCCGGGGCGAUGCAGCCAAGCUCAAUUUCCCUCAACUCCGGCACAGCGGGGCUCAUUCGAGUCUUUCCCUCGACUCCUCCAUUGAUGCCAAGCUCCAAGCCAUCAGCCCGAGCUUGGUCACUUCAAAGAGACAGGGGAGUGACUCACCCGAUUCGGUGAUCCCGGAGGGGGCUGGCACAAAGGGUGAAUUGGGUUGCUCAGGCUCGGAGGACAACAAGUCGGAGAGCUCUUCAUCUGUGGAAGGGGACGAAUCCUCGUCGGCGGUCUCCGAGAUGCAGUCCUUGGACUUCACGGAGGCGCCAUGGGAUGAAUCGGAGAGCUUUAUGCUGCGCAAGUAUCCUUCUUGGGAGAUCGAUUGGGACUCGAUUCUCUCCUCGGGUCAAUAGUCUGUAAUCCUUAGUUUCUGGUUUGGUGAUUGGUGGCUCCAGGGGCUGUCGCAAGUGAGAUUUUAGACAUUUGCACUUCUCCUGUUGAGGCUUCUGGUUUUUUGGUUGGGGAUUAUUAUUGGGUUGGUUGGUAGGGAAGUCAGUGGAUGUGUAUUUGCUUGGUCCAGUAUUCCUGGUUUGCUGGGUUUUUUUUUCUUCUAGCCAUUACCAGGGAGGCAGGGACGAUGUUGAUGUUGUGAAUCUACUUCUGAAUGUUUUGUUAGCUUUGUAAUUAUUAAUAUAUCUUGGUAUUUUGGUGUACAUUUUCAGAUGUGGUGAUGAAUUAUCAAGGUCAAGAAUUUCUGAAAA